CAUUUAUCGGGAGGUCAGGAAAACCAGGAAUGGGCUGCGGAACAGUGACACCGAAAAGGUGUCAGUGGGAGGGACAAUGUCCCAUGAUGGGUGUCAGUGGGAGGAAUAGUGUCCCAUCAUUGGUGUCAGUGGGAGGGACAAUGUCCCAUGAUGGGUGUCAGUGGGGGAAUAGUGUCCCAUCAUUGGUGUCAGUGGGAGGGACAAUGUCCCAUCAUGGGUGUCAGUGGGAGGAAUAGUGCCCCAUCAUUGGUGUCAGUGGGAGGAAUAGUGCCCCAUCAUUGGUGUCAGUGGGAGGAAUAGUGCCCCAUCAUGGGUGUCAGUGAGAGGAAUAGUGUCCCAUCAUGGGUGUCAGUGGGAGGAAUAGUGUCCCAUCAUUGGUGUCAGUGGGAGGAAUAGUGCCCCAUCAUUGGUGUCAGUGGGAGGAAUAGUGUCCCAUCAUUGGUGUCAGUGGGAGGAAUAG